UUGGAGGACAAAAUACCAGAGCGAUGUGGUGCGUUUUCUCGCCCAUGUCAGCCGGUAACCAUUGUGAGCCACUUUUGUCCCUCCUUCUGUAGAUUCUCCGUUUCCACGACUCCAGUUUCACAUUCAUUCUCUCCGGAUACCGAGUCUCCAGUAGCUUGGGACUGUCUCCAGGUGCACUUUUCUCCUCCACCCGGACUGGAAACAAUUUUCAGCCCCUCGGCCUGUGAGGCCUACACCCGCCUCUUUCAAGUCCUCCUAACACUUCGCAGGACUGAGCAGGACCUCCACCAGUACUGGGCUCGAGAGACAACUGGCAAAAGGACAAACCGCCGCGUCGAUCCGUCAGUGCUGAAGACGACUGACGACGAGGAGGAGUUGGUCGAAGACGUAGAUCAACGUCUGCUGGUGGUGAACCAAAUGGCCUUUAUCGUCGAUCACUUGAAUUGCUACCUCCAAGUCCGUUCUAAAAUGUAUCAUCUUGUUUUGUUUGCAGUAGCCUUGCGCACAGUUCAUUUGUAUAUCCUCUUAAACCACCUAACCUUUUACAUCUUCGAUGAUUAG